UGGCUUUCGAGAAAAAAGCUUAUCUCAAAAAUUUACAAUUUCCUUCUCCUUCACAUCAAGAUUAUGGCACCAAAUAAGCAAUGGAUGGAACUUAUUAAUGAUCGACUUGCUGGUGCUUACGUAGAUGGGGUGGAAAGUUUUUUAGAUUAUGCUUUUACAAGAUUGGGAGAACCACAAUUGAUACGUUGUCCCUGCAUCAAAUGUGGUAAUGCGACUUCUAGAACACGUGUUGUGGUCAGGUCACAUUUGAUAGUACAUGGGAUAAUACCGGGUUAUACUCUUUGGUAUCACCAUGGGGAGAGGUCAGGUGAAGCACAACCAGAUUCUGAAUUUAUAUAUGAUAAUGACAUCGAAGAGGGUGAUGGUGAGGAUGAAAUACAUGGGAUUUUGAGAGAUUUGUAUUAUAAUGGAGAUAAUAUGAACAAUAGUGGUGAUGAUUUUGUUGACGAGGAACCAAAUCCUGAAGCAAAACGAUUUUAUAAGCUACUGGAGGAUUUUUAG